AUGAUCAAUUUUUGGGUUGCUCUUACGCUUUUCCUCAAUGCUAAUGCUGUAGCCUCGCAUAUCUUGAGGCCUGCACCUGUGGCCGAUAUCCAAUUCGAUAAAUCCGCACGCGCUCUACAAGACAGGGGUCUUGGGCAAGGUAGUCGUAAAGUGGCUCAAGAGGCAUGCGGCGAUUACAACUUCGUGUUCACCGGCUUGCCGUGGAACCAUCCCGCUAUCAAAGCAAGCGGUUUCACACCCGCGCAAGUUGAAGCUAGUAUACGGGCAGAUGUGAAGGCUAUUGUAAAUGCUGGGUAUAACAUCAAGGCCGUACUUGUCGGGCCAGAGGACACCCUGGGCGAUAUAUCUUCCGAGCUGAAGGGUGUGAACUGGACAGGGACUGGCGUUGGAUUUGGCGUCCGAGGAAACCCUUCCCCGGUCAUCACACGCCGGCUUAUGGACAUUAUUCAACUGUACCGCGACGAGGUACCUCAAGCUCGUAUUCUAUUCAAUUAUUCACCCAACUCGAGUCUUUGGGCUAUUCAGCAGUAUUUCCCACUUCCGAGCUCUCUGGACUGUCAAUGUGGGCCUGGAAAAGACCUG